AUGGAGAGAGAAAGACUGAAGUGUUCGGACGAGGAAGAAGAUACCCUUGCUCGCAGUACCAAGAAGUUCAAAGAUAGCCAUCGUGCCCAUGAAACGAAUGAGAUUGGAAAAGGAAACAAAGUGGAGAGCUAUAAGGAUAAAUUGGUGGGGGCAAUCCCUGGAGCCUUUGCAGAAGCAUUUGGUUUUGAUUGUUCAAUGCAAGAGGACUUGGAAUCUGAUAAUGAAGAAGAAAACGAGCAGGAUGGCAACAUUAGAAUAGGUUUUUCCAAGGAAGAAAAGGUUCGUAUGAGAGCUCCAUGGCAAAAAGCUCUUAUCAUCAAAACUUUUGGGAGGAGAAUGGCUUUUUCCUUCCUUGUUGAAAGGGUGCGAAAAAUGUGGAACCUGAGUGGUGGCAUGGAUUGCAUAGACUUGGGCUAUGAUUAUUAUCUUGUAAAAUUUGAAUUAGUGGAGGAUGUGGAUUCUAUACUCACAAGUGGUCCUUGGUUCAUUGGUCAGCAUUUUCUUGCCAUCAGGCAAUGGGAGCCAAGGUUCAAAGCUUCCACAGCAACACUCUCAUCGGUUGCUGUUUGGAUAAGAUUACCAGAGUUACCCAUGGAGUUUUAUGAGCCUAAUGCUCUUAAGAAAAUUGGGAGAGCCAUUGGCCCAGUUCUUAGGAUUGAUUAUCAUACAGCUAAUAAGGAACGGGGAAGGUUUGCUAGGCUAUGUAUUCAAGUUAACUUGGAUAAGCCAUUGGUAAGGAAAAUUUAUCUUGGCAAGAUUGAACAGUGUGUGCUGUAUGAAGGUAUAAAUGCCCUCUGUUUUUCGUGUGGUAGGAUCGGGCAUAAAGUUGAAGCUUGCCCGUUUAUAGUUAGAGAGCAACAUAAGGAGCAGAGUUCGGAGUGGAAUGAAGGGCAAACGGAGACGCAAAGAACUCAAGGGGAAGAUGGGAUGAAGGAAAAGGAAAAAUCCCAAGAAGAUUAUGGUGAAUGGAUGGUUGUUAGUAGGAAAAAAGUGCACAGCAAAACAAAGCCUGUGUAG